AUCUCUCUCUUAAUUCUGUGACCGAAGCUUUAAGUUUACGUUGGGUUGUUUUCGUUGUUUUUUAAUUUACGAAAUUUAAGUUUAAAGUGUAAAAGAAAAAAUAGUUUAUUAAUUAAUAACGAUUGGAGAGUAAUUUAAAAUUUAGAGAAAUUUUGUAACAAAAAGGAAUUAAGGCUAAAUAGACAAAAAUGUCAAAAAUGCCAGGUUAUGAUACCCAUGAUGAUGGACCAGGUUUUGUGGGAAUAAAAUUCUGUCAAGAAUGUAAUAAUAUGUUAUAUCCCAAAGAAGACAAGGAAAAUAAAGUUCUGAUGUACGCUUGCCGACAUUGUCACUUGAAGCAACUUGCCAGCAGUAAUUGUAUAUACGUCAACAAAAUUAUGCACGAAAUUGACGAAUUAACUCAUAUUGUAGCGGAUGUAAUAUCCGAUCCUACAUUACCAAGAACUGAGGAACAUCCGUGUCCGAAAUGUAAUCAUCGAGAGGCUGUUUUUUUCCAAGCCCAGACAAGAAGAGCAGAAGAAGAAAUGAGACUUUACUAUGUUUGUACAAAUCAGCAUUGUACGCAUCGAUGGACUGAAUAAAUCAGUCGCCAUCAGGAAGUAAACAAUUUAAUAUUCCUAAUUCGUAAAACGUAUUAUUCAAAUAAAACUAUAGAUAAUGUUUGUACAUUUUAAAUAUGGUAAGAAUUAUAUAACUUGUGAUCGUUUUUUUUUUCAAUAAAAAAAAAUGUUUUCUAUUAAAA